UCGAAUCUCACGACUGCUGGACUGAAUUCCACCUGCAUGACAGCGAGCGGAGAGCAGAAGUUCACUGCCGUAAACAACGGAGAAAACGCGACCGAAGAAAUGAGCAAUUCACUCCCACAAGUUAAAUAAGGGCCAAGACCAUGUCAAGAUGACAUCAUUAAACAUCUGCUAGCUGCACAAAGAGGAUCCCCCUCUGUUAUAAUCAUCUUGGACAAAAACAGGAGCGUGAGGAGAACCGCUCACAACAGACCCACAUUUCCAGCCUGAGUCAGGCAUUGUCAGUAAGUGUUUGGGGACAAUGGAGGACAGCACAGAAGAAGACAUUGAGUCUUUGAUUGAGGGGAUGGCCUACAUCCCUGGCCACUUUCAUUUGGAGCUGAAUUUGAAUGGUGAACCCAAUGGACUAGUCAAUUUUCGGUACCGGGACACCCAGCUCAAACGCGAGAGCCUCAGGGCUGAGCUUGAAGCUGAGACGGGACGACUGCAGUAUGCCGUGCGUAAUAUGCUGGGCCUGCUGGCCUUCCAUGUAGAUGAACUGGAGACGGCAGAAGAGGCCUUUCACAGCAUCUGCCAGGAGGAUCCAGAAAACCUCAAUGCCUGGGCCAACCUGGGUUACGUAUAUGAACGCCUGGGUCGCGAGCUGGAGGAGGGGGAGUGCAUGGAACGUGUGGCUGCCCUUAUGGGCCCAGAGAUGGGGGAGAACCAGACAGACUGCAGGCUCAGGGUAGCACGGUGCUUGGCUGAACAGGCGUACACAUACCCUCAUGAUGUGGAGCUGGAGAGGGAUGAAGAUUUACAAGAGAGACUGACAGCCGCGCUGAUGUUAUACAACCGCGCACACGAUUAUGGAGAGGAACUGAUACCAAUAGAGGAAAAAAGAAGUUGGUAUUUCAAAAUGGCAGCAAUUUACAUAAGGUUAGAUGGAAUUGUAAGGGAUUCGAUAGACAUUGACCUCACAAGACUGAACUAUUUCAACAAGGGCCUCAAACUUCUCACAGAGACUCUAAAAUCUGACAACACACAUCUCAAAGCAAUGGCCUGGUGUUACGUUGGUCUCAUGCUGGAGCAGACAGAGGAGUUCUCCACUGUGCCAAUGUCAGUCCAUGAUUGUGGGUUCUCUGGAUCUGACCCCUUGACAUGUUACGGAUCGGCCAUUAAGCUCGCCACGGAUGAUGCAUUCAUUCUCAACAGGCUAGCAAACAUGUUCUUCCUGUCAGGCAAACUGGAGAUGGCCAAAGGUAUCUGUAACAUGGCCCUGAGUGUCCUGCCUAAGGCAGAACUCAACUGGCAGGCAUACUGCACUCGUGCCAAGCUUGGUGUUACGACAUAUGCAAAGAAUCUUGAUAAAGCGAAGUGCGGCCAAGGUGGCAUUCCUGACCGUCAGAUUCUGAAAGAGGCCCGUGCUGACCUGGAACGUGUUCUGGCUGUGCGACCCUGCUUGAGGACUCAUUUGGAGAUGGGUCAGGUUUACUACUACAUGGGUGUGGAUGCUCUGCAGGAGAGCCUGUUGGUCGAUGAGAUGGCGAUAAACCAGGCCCUGGUCAGUCUAGCUAAAGCUUUGCAGUGUCCUCUGGGCUCUACAAUCUCUAAACUACAGCUCCUGAGGGGUCGCUGCCUGCUGCUGAAAGGAGAGGAACAGAAUGCCAUUGACUGUUUUAGGAAAGCACUUGAACUGGAACCUUCCAGCGUCCAAGACACGACAGUCCUGCGCUGCAUGCUACAGGCUAUUCUAGUGAGCUUCACCCAGAGCGGGAAUGACACAGGUCAUGCUAUAAUCCAAUUAGAGGAAUGUUUAAAGCAGGCGGAAGAGCGAUAUGGAGCAAACGUUGUUCAGACUGAGUUAAAGGCUCUGUGCCGAGCACACACAGAUGAGGUGACAGAGCUUUUAAAAGAUCUGGUGAGGAAGGGGAGGUUGGAAGUGGUUAGAAAGUUGCUGAAGAGCAUACAGCCACAAGGGAAAUAGUUCUCACUGGGAAGGUCCAUGUCUAUUUGAAAGAAAAGAAUGGGAAGGGACUACAGAUAACUAUUUGACGGGCAAUUAUGUGAUGUCCAUGAGUUAUGCAUGUUAAGAUAGGAAUUAACAAUAAUGUAGCUUACUCAUUUCAAACUAGAGGUAUUCACUUUAGGUAAUGCUGAGUGAUGGACAAGGAAAAUUUGUUCUAAAAUUCCAAAUGUAUUACUAUGGUGUUAAAGUCCAAAAAUUUGUUUUGGAUUGUUGUCUUAAUGGCAAUUUUUCCCUCUAGCACAUACCAAAAAGCAUAAAGAGCCAAUUACUCUAAAAACGAAAUAAGUGUUUAAGCCUGGAGAUGUAUUAUGGGGUUCACAAGCCCCGAGACCACAUCAAAAAUGUAAAUAAACAUUUACAUUUACAAGUAAACAAAUAAAACCUUUCAAUUAAAA